AUUGGAAUCUCCAAAUUAACACGAUCUCCUCUUUAUUUAACAGGUUUGUGAAGUAGAAUGGCUGAAAUAUUCCAGGCAGCAAGUCGAAAGUGUUUGGUUGUUAGCGUGACGGUUUUGCGCGGAGAGAAUGUCACGCAAGGAUGGUGGAAUGAUUUAGCUGAUACGCCAGAUCCUUUCGUGAAAUUACAUCUGCCACAGUCGCCGAGCGGUAAACGACAGACAACAGUGAUCAAUAACGAUAAUAAUCCCACAUGGAACGAAACUUUUCAAUUCUACAUGGAUCCCGAGCUAAACAACGUAAUGAAUGUGACGCUGAUGGAGGCUGAUUAUGUUUACCAUGAUGUAAUCGGUCGGACUAAGUCCAUUGACUUGAACAACCUUGAGCAUGACCUUGACCAUGAAAAAGAUCUCGUCUUUAAUGAGAAAUUUCCUCCUUCGUAG